AGAAGUCGGAACCCAUUAGAUUGGGCAGUGGCCGCCUCGAAAUUCGCGCUUUAAAUUUAACUCAACGCAAGAUGACCUUUGCUGCUAUAAAUACCCCUCCUCUUCCUCUUAAUUACCGCUCUGCCCCUUUCCCCAUUUCUUCUUCUCCUUCUAUUCUCUGUUUCCCCUUCGCCUCUCACCAUCGUCGUCGUUUUCGUCUCUCUCCUGUUCUCUGCUUCUCUGCUUCAGAGAUGGAUGCCCCUGCUGGUCAGAGUCUGUACCCGUUGCACCGUUCUAAAACUAUACAUCUGGUGAGACAUGCUCAAGGCAUUCACAAUGUUGAAGGGGAAAAAGACCACAAUGCUUACUUGUCUUAUGACCUUUUUGAUGCACACCUUACUCCUCUUGGCUGGAAUCAGGUUGAUAAUCUCCACAAACAUGUUAAAGCGUGUGGGCUUUCCAAGAAAAUUGAUCUAGUCAUCACUUCUCCUUUGUUAAGGACCAUGCAAACAGCAGUUGGAGUGUUCGGCGGUGGAGCCUACACAGAUGGGAUAAAUGCACCCCCACUUAUGGUGGCAAACGCAGGAAAGAGGGACCGUCCUGCAAGAACAAGUUUAAAUUCCCCUCCAUUUAUAGCAGUAGAGCUUUGCCGAGAACAUUUGGGAGUUCACCCUUGCGAUAAGAGAAGAAGCGUUAGUGAGUAUUGUCCUCUUUUCCCUGCAAUAGAUUUUUCAUUGAUAGAAAAUGAUGAAGACAUUUUGUGGAAGCCUGAUGUUAGAGAGACAAAUGAAGAAGUUGCAGCUAGGGGCUUAAAGUUUUUGAACUGGUUGUGGACACGUGAGGAGAGGGAGAUUGCAAUUGUUUCCCACAGUGGAUUCUUAUAUCAUACUUUAAGCAAAUUCGGCGAUGAUUGUCAUCCUACAGUGAAGAGUGAGAUAUGCACGCACUUUGCUAAUUGUGAGCUUCGUUCAAUGGUUAUAAUCGAUAGGAGUUUAAUCGGAUCAGGUUCUUCGACUACCAAUUAUCCCGGAAAAAUACCCAAGGGGCUUGAUCUUCCGAGUGAUGUUGCUGAGGAGAAGCAUCCAGAGAAGGGCGCACAUAAGUAAAUAUUAUUGCAGAUUUGAAGCGCCCGAGGUUUAAGUAGGAUUUUCAGCCUUAGCAAUUUUUAUAUCGCCUCCUAGAUUCAGAUUUGGAGUGGGAAGAUGAAACUUUGAUGAGAGUCUUCUGGCUCAGUAAUUUCUUCUAGGAAUAUAAGUAUCACAGCUUUGAAGAUUCUACACUUAUUUGAUUAGUUGAGCUCUGAAAGCCCUACUGAAGAGCUAUGGACGUAUUGAUUAAUCAGAGUCUGGUAUUUUAUGUGGCUCUGGAAUUCAACAAAUUUUUAUUUAUGUUCCGAUUUUCUAAGCAGUAAAGAUGCUUUCUUGAGACUA